AGGCCUCUCAUUCAUGGAACCAUUUGCCCGUGAUGGGACCCAUCACAUCAACCACAACCGUCCUUCCUCUUAAUCCCCCAUUUCAUCUCUCUCUUCUCUCACCCUUUCUCUGCACGCAUUCCCUUAUAAAUCCUCGAUACACGGCUUCAUUAAAGGGAAAUAAGGCGUAGAAUGGGGCUCUCCAACCAUCUCCACGACGUCUCCGGCGACUCCAUCCCUCUCCUCCUCCUCGCCGCGGCCGCCGCCUCCAUCGCCUACCUCCGCUCCCUCCUCCUCCGCCUCCUCCCCCUCUCCCUCUCCUCCUCCCCCGCCGACGCCGACGCCGACCCCGAGCCGUCCGUCGGAUCCGGACUCGCCGGCCUCGUCGUCCUCGCCGACCACCUCACCUCCAACCGGUCCUUCGCCUUCGCCUCCCGCUCGUCGGGAGGGGAGGGCCGGCGGGCGGAGUGCGCGGUGUGCCUCUGCGGCCUGGCCGACGGGGACCGCGUCCGGCGCCUCCCCUGCUGCCACGUCUUCCACGGUGAGUGCCUCGAAGGCUGGUUCCACCACCUGAACCUCACCUGCCCGCUGUGCCGCUCCGAGCUGGCCGCGCCGGAGGUUCGCGCCGCUGCCGACCGCCGGAUCGGGGCCGAGCUCGUCGCCUGGCUCUCCCACCACUGAUCAUUUGUGGUCGCUGUUGCUGUUAAAUAUCUUAUCAUAUAAAAACCCUCUCUUUGCCCUUUUUUAAAGGUUUGGCCUUUUUUUCUCUUGCUUUUUUGGUUUCUAAUGCACUUUUUUUUCUCCUGUGUAUAUAAGGCCUUAUUUUUUGGGUCUCUUCUGCAAGAGAUAUUUAAUCUGGCAUAUUUUGGUUCGUAUCCAUGAUCAGAUCUAUCAUGCAAAAAUGAACUGUUUGAGUUCUUGACAUCAUCCAUAGCAGAAAUUACUGGAGUUCUUAGGGUGAAAACGAUAUAUAGAACAGGAUACAUGGAAUUAUUUUUAUUUUUUUCUUUUACUUGCCAAUUAUUUCUGUCUUGGUGUUUGUUUGCAUGACUGUAGUUUCGAUUUAGAUCUCACAUAUGGAUUUUUUUUCUUUUACAUGUCAAUUGCUGAUUAAUGGCUCAUUCCAGUUUAUUGCUUGUACUUUUGAUUCAGUUGUUAAUCUUGUUUUGUGCCCUCUUAGGUCACUGUGUAGUCUCUUAGGUUGUAGAGCAGAGAGGACAUGGAGACUGGGUAGGUUAGGGUUGCCACCUAUGCUCAUGAAGAAGACUUUUGUCGAGCUUAAUUCAAGUGCUUGAUAAGGGAUGAUGCCACACGAGAUUAGCAAGCUUGAGUUGCAGCCUCGAUUGCUCCAAGAUGUGAAGAACAUACAUGCUUUUGGACUGACAACUUCUUGGACUUGCUUUCACCGAUUCCAUUCGACACGCAAAGUUCCCAACUACUUGGCCGAGGAAAACCAGAGAAGGGCGAGUCACAAACAGAUCAAGUGGGAUGUCAAAGUUCAUUUUCUUCGGUCAAAGGAUGCGGGGCACAAUUUUGACCAAAUGGCAAAUGUAGUACAAAGACGCGAUUCAUUUGAGGGAACCACGUUUAUUUGCGUAUCGAGUUAAGGGAAGGUCGUCGUCGUGCUCUCAUAAGGUUUCUAGUCCUGUAGAAGAUGAAGGCACGCAGGGAGACUGUCUUCACAGGCUUGGCCGUGGGGAGGAGGAGAAGGGCUUGGGAGGCAUGCGCAAGUCAUUCACGUCGCCUUCCGCCACACGGCUCAAGGAGGGGCGAUCGCAUGACUUCAUCUGAAUGCACCAGAGCCCAACCAUGCAUAGUUUUCUCUCCAUCUAAUCGAUCUCCAUGCUCCCAUCCAAUCUUGGCCCUCUUGGCCGUUCCUCUACGACUAGCUGGUCGUAGAUCCAUGACGGAUAGUAGAUCUGGCUGGAGUUGUCCGCCUUUGGAUCCACGUUUCUCCUUCCUCCGGCCAACUCCAUCAGCAGCAUGCCGAAGCUGUAAACAUCUGACUUGUGAGCUAUGACCCCGAAGCUCCUAGAUGUCAGUUCAGGCGCUAAGCAUCCUACCGUGCCUCUCGCCCCGCUGAUGGAUAUCAGGCUGUAGUCCUUCGGAUUCCAAAAUCGGAGAUCUUGGGAGUGAAAGCGUGACCGAGGAGGAUGUCGAAGUGCACGAUCCGCAUGUCGCACCCAUGGUGAAGGUAGUCGAUGCCCCUGGCCACACCCAGGGCUAUUUCAUGGAGCUUCUCCAUGGUGAACCGAAGAUGGUUGCUUCUGCUUGCAGAGAAGAUGUGCUUGUCGAGUGAGCCGCCGGGCAUGUCCUCGUAGUCCAGCGCUCUCUUGGAUCCGUCGGAGCAAUAGCCGAGAAGCCGCACCACGUUCAAGUGGUAAAUCCUACCAAUGGUGGUGACCUCGUUGAUGAACUCCUCUCCGUCGACCUUGGAGCCGCCCAGCAUCUUAACAGCGACCGGGUACCGGCCGAGGAUAUGCCCUUCGAAGACGGAACCGAAGCCGCCUUGGCCUAUCUUUUCUCUGAAGUGGCUUGUCAUGGCGAUGAUGUCGCUAUAAGCAUUACCGUGUCAGCGACAGAGAUUGCUCGUUCCGCAGAAACUUCUCUGCCGACUCGACGGGUGCUCUCAUUUUCCAAGCGUUGUGAAUACACCAACAGGUGAUUGGUA